AUGUUCCCAAAUACUCAUUUACCACCACCGCAGCCAAUAAUUACCCAUUGGGGUACUUGGCUAGAGUCAGCCUUUUUUUAUGCAGAUCAUUUUGAAGAGUUCAAAAAUGUGAUUGAAAACUUAGAAGCAAAAUGUAUUCAAAAUUGUAAAUCAAUUUUUAAUAAAUUAAAUGUAAAAUAUGAUCUUGCUUACAUUAAAGCAAAUUUUUUAUGUAUCGUUGAAAGUAUCAAAAAGCUUACCUCUAAUUUGUCCCUUGUAGACUCGUUAAAAAUUGUAGAACAAGUGGAAAACUCUGUAAAUGAACUUCCUACUAGUACAAAUAGUACAAUAAUUAAAAUAAAAUGUAAAAACGUUUAA